UUAAUCACUUUUAAUUACUCUUUCAAGAAACGUCAAAAUUUGUGUUAAUUAGUUAAUAAGUGACCCGAAAUGUUUAAUUCCAUGUUGACCAAAAAUUAACAUGCUUUUGGAUUUAUAAAGUAUGUGAUUUCAGUUAGUUUCUCCUUAACAGAAAUUGCUUUUGUAAAUUUUUUGAGUGAUUUGAAUAUGUGUCAGUUAUCUCCAGGUUAACAAAAUUAAUACAUUUAUUAACAUGAAUGGUUUAGAUUCCUCUGAAGAGAGUGUAGUGAUUGAUAGAAGACCUAUUGUAACAUGUGCAGGUGAAUUGGAAGUUUUUUCAUCAAUAGAAGAUGCUUUAGCUCAGUCCUUACCACAAGACACCUGCGAGUGGCGGAGGUCUCUGGGAAGACCAGUUCAGUUUGUCAAAGUAGCUGCUAACUUUGCUCCUUUUUCUCCUGCUGCCUUACCAAAGUCUUACCAAUGGGAUCUAUUUCGACAACCUAUAUUUCAUAUUUACUGGACAGAAUGCUCAGAUAUAGAUGCAUACAAAACCACCAUAAAAGAUGACAUUGAAUCUUGGCUGAAAGAAAUUACUUCAAGAGAUAUUUCAGAUUGGUUAAUCGUCGUAGUUGAAAAUUAUGAUGGAAAACGUGCUAACAAACUUCUUCCAAGAACAACUGUUUGGGAUAAAGUUCGAACAGAUUUUGCAUCCAAACAAGGAGACCGUUGUAUAUCUGUGAUAAAUCCUGGUAGACCUGAGUCUAGAUCUGCCGACUCUUGGCGAGGUUUAUUGACUAGAAUUCGCCAACUUUUGUUGAUGGCUUAUGCCAAGGCAAUUACUAAACUUGAAGAUUAUGUUAGACAUCAAAGAGAAAGGCGUAAUGAACCAGGAUGGGAUUUUAUGGAAUAUUUUGCUUUACAAGAAGAGUUAGCCCAAGUGUUGGAAAUGUUGGGUCUUUACAAUGAUGCACUUGUGCAGUAUGAUGAGUUAGAUGCGUUGUUUUCUCAAUUUGUUUUAAAUGCAACUUUAGGUACCAGUAUUAGUUGGUUAUCAAAAUUUCAAAGACCUUUAGAACGAUGGCAUAGUCUCAAACUUGGGUCAAGUAAUAAAUUACAUAAAGAUCCAUCCCUACUUGAAUUGAGAGCUUACAUGUAUGCAAGACAAGCACAAAUGUUAGUGCAAACCGACAGAGUUUGGGAGAUGGUAUCAAGGUGUUUACCAUUUUUGCAUACUUGUGUGAGAGAAAUGGUGCUAUUAGAAAUUAAUGCAAUACCCGGAGCACUGGCCUGUUGGUUAUAUUUGGCUUGCAUGGAAGUGUUACAAACUUGUGAGCAGUACAACCAAGCUGAACAUGUUGAAUCUUACUCUGCUCAUACUGCUGAUUUAUGGUACUAUGCUAGUCAAAAGAUUCGAGAAUUGGGUGAAUUAUGUGGUUUAAUGCCUGGAAAAUCGCCAACUUCUGAACAAUUGCAUAUGGUCGUGGGACUUUCAGCAGGAAUAGGGGAUAGUCCUGGUACUAAUGAAAAACCAUCACCAACUGACAAACUUAAAGAAGCUCUGUCUUCUCAAGAUGCCUUUCGAGAAAAUUACUUGGGUUUGGCUGAAUUGGCUGUUGGUACAUAUAAGCACAUUGGUCGUCUUCGUUCUGCUCGUUUAGUAGGGCGAGAAGUCGCUUCGUUUUACCUUUUGCUUGGCGAGACUCAAAAAGCGGCGGCCUUUCUUAACGACGCCUUAAAAACAUUUCAACAAGAUGGGUGGCUUGAAUUGACUGCGCAUACUCAACUAGAACUUGCCGACUGCUACAAGAAAGCCGGUGAUGUACGAAAGUUUCUUCGCGCAUGUGCUUCAGUUAGUGCAGCCGCAGAAAUCGACAAUCUCGUGCGUUGGACGUACUUCGACGAGAUGCUCAAAUGCAUGGACUCGAUUGAGAAGCCGGUGGUGAUGCCAUUCGAAAAUAUUAUGAAGGUGCUCAGAAUAAUAGUAAAGGAUAAUGGUUUGGUUAUGCAGGAUACUUUAAUGGAGGUUGAGCUGGAAAUAGAAACUGGAUUCCCACGUGAAGUCGUUUGCACUUAUUUUGGUAUAUCGUUAGAAACAGACUGUAAGGAUAAAAGGAAAGUUAAUAAUAACAACAACAAUAGAAUUCUAAUGGCUAACGAUUUAAAAGAGAGGAUCUUGAUGAUCGAGCCAUUAAAGAUCCAGAGACAUAUGGACUAUAGGGAAAAUAAACAAUUAGCAAGCGCCAGUGUUGUAUGCAGAAGCAUGCCUUUAAAACGUAAAGAUAGUAACCAAGCAUUAGUAAAGGGUAAUUUUGCAAAUGCAAUAACGUUAAAUAAAUUGCCAUUAGUUUUAAGCCCAGGUUUAAACAUAAUAAGACUGACCAAAGAUGCGAAAUCCAUUGGAAGAUAUUAUUUAGGACAAAUUUCAAUUUCUGUCAAUAAAUUAGAACUAAUUUCAAAUCCUUUAGUGCCAAAGUAUGUAAUUGAGGUGAGAAAAGAAGAACCCUCAGUAAGACUGGAUAAGGGCGCUUCUUCCUUACUCUCGGGCUUUGAACAGUUCCUUCAUUUAACUAUUACAAUCGGCAGUUACGAAGUUAAUCCGGUAUGUAAUUGUUAAAAAGGCUCUGUCGUUAGACUAUCUGCUACAAGAGGCCUGACAAUGCAACACACUUCGGAUGAUUCUUUAGUCAAUAGUUUAGAAAUAGCUGUGAUGGAUCCUUCUCCUUUCUCUGUCACAAAUGUGUGCCUACGCGUGCUCUCAGAACUAAAUUGUAAGGAACAUCAAGUUACUAUCAUCACUCCGUGGUCAAACAAACCUCUUGUCGUAUCUCUCAGUUUUGUGCCACCGUUUAGCGUGUCAUGGAGACUUCACACCGUGAAUCAUCGAAAAUUUGUGCACUUGGCAGUUACAGGACAAUGCGAUCAUGAAAUAGAAAUUAGAAAUCCUUCGUUGAGUGUUAACAAUGUUGGCGUUAGCAGCCUUAAUUCUAGUGAAUCUUCUAGUCAAAAAAUUUGCAAUGGUGUAAGCAUCACAUACAUGUGGGAACUGUUGAUAACCCCUAAUGUAGAGUCGCUGCCCUUAAAAAAUUAUUUUUCAAUACAGUACAAUAUGGUAUUAGCAGAUGAAAGUAACAGUAUUUUGGACAGUCAAUUACGUACCUACAAUUACUUAUUUAACCUAACCAAUUACCAAACGUUAUAUGUCAUAGAAGCAAGUAUACAGCCGGCAAAGGGCAACGAAUUUUAUAUGGUAUCAAGGUGUUUACCAUUUUUGCAUACUUGUGUGAGAGAAAUGGUGCUAUUAGAAAUUAAUGCAAUACCCGGAGCACUGGCCUGUUGGUUAUAUUUGGCUUGCAUGGAAGUGUUACAAACUUGUGAGCAGUACAACCAAGCUGAACAUGUUGAAUCUUACUCUGCUCAUACUGCUGAUUUAUGGUACUAUGCUAGUCAAAAGAUUCGAGAAUUGGGUGAAUUAUGUGGUUUAAUGCCUGGAAAAUCGCCAACUUCUGAACAAUUGCAUAUGGUCGUGGGACUUUCAGCAGGAAUAGGGGAUAGUCCUGGUACUAAUGAAAAACCAUCACCAACUGACAAACUUAAAGAAGCUCUGUCUUCUCAAGAUGCCUUUCGAGAAAAUUACUUGGGUUUGGCUGAAUUGGCUGUUGGUACAUAUAAGCACAUUGGUCGUCUUCGUUCUGCUCGUUUAGUAGGGCGAGAAGUCGCUUCGUUUUACCUUUUGCUUGGCGAGACUCAAAAAGCGGCGGCCUUUCUUAACGACGCCUUAAAAACAUUUCAACAAGAUGGGUGGCUUGAAUUGACUGCGCAUACUCAACUAGAACUUGCCGACUGCUACAAGAAAGCCGGUGAUGUACGAAAGUUUCUUCGCGCAUGUGCUUCAGUUAGUGCAGCCGCAGAAAUCGACAAUCUCGUGCGUUGGACGUACUUCGACGAGAUGCUCAAAUGCAUGGACUCGAUUGAGAAGCCGGUGGUGAUGCCAUUCGAAAAUAUUAUGAAGGUGCUCAGAAUAAUAGUAAAGGAUAAUGGUUUGGUUAUGCAGGAUACUUUAAUGGAGGUUGAGCUGGAAAUAGAAACUGGAUUCCCACGUGAAGUCGUUUGCACUUAUUUUGGUAUAUCGUUAGAAACAGACUGUAAGGAUAAAAGGAAAGUUAAUAAUAACAACAACAAUAGAAUUCUAAUGGCUAACGAUUUAAAAGAGAGGAUCUUGAUGAUCGAGCCAUUAAAGAUCCAGAGACAUAUGGACUAUAGGGAAAAUAAACAAUUAGCAAGCGCCAGUGUUGUAUGCAGAAGCAUGCCUUUAAAACGUAAAGAUAGUAACCAAGCAUUAGUAAAGGGUAAUUUUGCAAAUGCAAUAACGUUAAAUAAAUUGCCAUUAGUUUUAAGCCCAGGUUUAAACAUAAUAAGACUGACCAAAGAUGCGAAAUCCAUUGGAAGAUAUUAUUUAGGACAAAUUUCAAUUUCUGUCAAUAAAUUAGAACUAAUUUCAAAUCCUUUAGUGCCAAAGUAUGUAAUUGAGGUGAGAAAAGAAGAACCCUCAGUAAGACUGGAUAAGGGCGCUUCUUCCUUACUCUCGGGCUUUGAACAGUUCCUUCAUUUAACUAUUACAAUCGGCAGUUACGAAGUUAAUCCGGGCUCUGUCGUUAGACUAUCUGCUACAAGAGGCCUGACAAUGCAACACACUUCGGAUGAUUCUUUAGUCAAUAGUUUAGAAAUAGCUGUGAUGGAUCCUUCUCCUUUCUCUGUCACAAAUGUGUGCCUACGCGUGCUCUCAGAACUAAAUUGUAAGGAACAUCAAGUUACUAUCAUCACUCCGUGGUCAAACAAACCUCUUGUCGUAUCUCUCAGUUUUGUGCCACCGUUUAGCGUGUCAUGGAGACUUCACACCGUGAAUCAUCGAAAAUUUGUGCACUUGGCAGUUACAGGACAAUGCGAUCAUGAAAUAGAAAUUAGAAAUCCUUCGUUGAGUGUUAACAAUGUUGGCGUUAGCAGCCUUAAUUCUAGUGAAUCUUCUAGUCAAAAAAUUUGCAAUGGUGUAAGCAUCACAUACAUGUGGGAACUGUUGAUAACCCCUAAUGUAGAGUCGCUGCCCUUAAAAAAUUAUUUUUCAAUACAGUACAAUAUGGUAUUAGCAGAUGAAAGUAACAGUAUUUUGGACAGUCAAUUACGUACCUACAAUUACUUAUUUAACCUAACCAAUUACCAAACGUUAUAUGUCAUAGAAGCAAGUAUACAGCCGGCAAAGGGCAACGAAUUUUGCCGUGUUGGCGUCUUGUGCCAUUUGAAUUUAAAAAUAAAACCGGCUGGUCACAUUUUGGAUUUGUCUAGUAUUGAAAGCAGUGUGAUGUAUGAAGUUCUAGCAGAACAAAGUAUCUGGGCUGUAUGUGGUCGUACUGCUGGUGUGAUUUCGUUCGAAACAGGGGCAGAACCCCAAGUUGUAGUUUUAGAUGUUAUGCCUCUCAAUACUGGGUACCUGCCUCUUCCACUAAUACGACUUUCGAAGUAUAUUACGACAGAAAGUGGUAAGAUUCUACAAGACAAUAACUACAGCUACAAUUAUUGGUUUUAUGGUUUUGGAAGUUUCUCUGUUAUACUUUUCUACAAAAUGAUUUCUGCUUUAUUUCAGACGUUAUAUGUCAUAGAAGCAAGUAUACAGCCGGCAAAGGGCAACGAAUUUUGCCGUGUUGGCGUCUUGUGCCAUUUGAAUUUAAAAAUAAAACCGGCUGGUCACAUUUUGGAUUUGUCUAGUAUUGAAAGCAGUGUGAUGUAUGAAGUUCUAGCAGAACAAAGUAUCUGGGCUGUAUGUGGUCGUACUGCUGGUGUGAUUUCGUUCGAAACAGGGGCAGAACCCCAAGUUGUAGUUUUAGAUGUUAUGCCUCUCAAUACUGGGUACCUGCCUCUUCCACUAAUACGACUUUCGAAGUAUAUUACGACAGAAAGUGAUAAAACAAAGAAAGGUGAAAGUCAUCCUCGGCUGGAACCCUUCAGUCCUGGUCAAGUUUACAAUAGUUGCAAGGGUCAGCAAGUUCACGUAAUAGCUGCCCUUUCGGAGGGAAGCGUUUCAUAGACAAAAACAUUUCUGUAUUUUCUAAUGUAUGUUUUUUUUUUUAAUCAGCCUUGUGCUUUAAUCGUUUCAUUUUACUGUGGUUCGACGUGUAAGCUACAAUUUAUGUCGCUCUAAGUACAAAUUAUUUUUUUAGUCUGCAAUUUCAUAAUACUCAUGUAAAAUAAGAGUUACAUGAAUUACGUAAUGACGAAAGGGGACAUUUAUGUCACGAAAAUGUAUGUAUUUAUAAACAAUAAUAUUUUGCAAGCUGAUAUAAUAGUAGAAGGGGUUUUUAUAUAUUAUUUUGUACAAUAUCAGUGAAUACUGCUGUAAAUAUAUAUUAUGU